GCUAACAGGCAACGCUUCGAAAACACAUCCGCUACCAAACGGCACAUGCGAGCGGCGCUAGGCUGCAAAACUCGGCACUGUUUUUCUGUCGCGAUUAUGACUCGGACCGACGCUCCAAACCGUGACUCUUAAAUCUAUGCCGCUAGCUUAGCCGUUAGCAAGAGGGACCCGAGUUGCCGUUGGCUUGCGCGUUAGUACGCUAACUCGCUACUAGCGGUUAGCCCAGUAACGGCUAAGCGCCGCGCUGAACGGCCGAGGGGGGCGAAGGGGAUAUUACCGGAUUCGGGUGGCCGGCAAAGGUGUUGGUAUUUACACGUGGUCGGGGGGGACGCGUUCUCACGACUCGAAGUGACCGUCGAUAACCAGUGUUUUAGCGCGGGGGGUCCGCACGUCAUGCUAGCCGCAGCCCGUUAGCCGGGGAAACUAGCCCAGCCGCCUUUUGGAUGUCGUAAGUCGGCGCGCCGAGAGAGACCCGCUUUCACCUUUUUAUUUCGUCCCGUUUCGGAAAAAAAAAAAAAAAACAGCGCCGAGUUAGCCAGUCUUUCUCUCUGCGAGGGAAUCGAAAACGAUACCGGAGCUCUAUGCCAGCAGAAAUGACAAUGUUGGCGGAUCAUGCAGCCAGACAGCUGCUGGACUUCAGUCAGAAACUGGACAUCAACCUCUUGGACAAUGUCGUGAACUCCAUGUAUUAUGACAUUGGUUCUCAGCAACGAAUGGCCCAGGAAGUACUGACUAACCUGAAGGAUCAUCCAGAUGCAUGGACAAGAGUGGACACAAUCCUGGAAUUCUCUCAGAAUAUGAAAACCAAGUACUAUGCACUGCAGAUCCUUGAGACAGUCAUCAAAACCCGCUGGAAGAUCCUGCCCAGAAAUCAGUGUGAAGGUAUCAAGAAGUAUGUCGUUGGGCUGAUUAUCAAAACUUCCUCUGAUCCUGGAAGCAUAGAGAAGGAGGGAGUCUACAUAGCAAAACUCAACAUGAUCCUUGUCCAGAUCCUGAAGCAGGAGUGGCCCAAGCACUGGCCAACCUUCAUUAGCGACAUCGUGGGGGCGAGCCGCACCAGUGAGAGCCUCUGUCAGAACAACAUGGUUAUCCUCAAGCUGCUCAGCGAGGAGGUCUUUGACUUCUCCAGUGGGCAGAUGACACAGGUCAAGGCCAAGCACCUCAAAGACAGCAUGUGCAACGAGUUUUCCCAGAUUUUCCAGCUGUGCCAGUUUGUUAUGGAAAACUCCCAAAAUGCACCUUUGGUACACGCCACCCUGGAGACCCUCCUUCGCUUCCUCAAUUGGAUUCCCCUGGGUUACAUCUUUGAAACCAAACUGAUCAGCACUCUGGUAUACAAGUUCCUGAACGUGCCCAUGUUCCGUAAUGUGACCCUCAAGUGUCUCACCGAGAUUGCCGGCGUCAGCGUCAACCAGUACGAGGAACAGUUUAUCAACCUGUUCACCCUCACCAUGUGCCAACUCAAACAGAUGCUGCCAUUGAACACAAACAUCCGGCUGGCAUAUGCCAAUGGAAAAGACGAUGAGCAGAACUUCAUCCAGAACCUUAGCCUUUUCCUCUGCACCUUCUUGAAAGAACACGGCCAGCUCGUAGAGAAGAGGCCCAAUCUCCGGGAGACACUCAUGGAGGCCCUUCACUACAUGCUGCUGGUGUCAGAAGUGGAGGAGACUGAGAUCUUUAAGAUCUGUCUGGAGUACUGGAACCACUUGGCAGCUGAACUCUACAGAGAAAGCCCCUUCUCUACCUCCACUUCCCCUGUCCUCUCUGAUGUACCCCCACGUAGACACCUCUUCCUUCCUGUACUCUCAAAGGUGCGCCUCCUGAUGGUGAGUCGCAUGGCUAAGCCAGAGGAGGUGUUGGUGGUGGAGAAUGACCAGGGGGAGGUGGUCAGGGAGUUUAUGAAGGACACAGACUCCAUCAACCUCUACAAGAACAUGAGAGAGACGCUGGUUUACCUGACCCACUUGGAUUACGCUGACACAGAGCGCAUCAUGACAGAGAAGCUCCAUAACCAGGUGAACGGUACUGAGUGGUCCUGGAGGAACCUCAAUACUCUUUGCUGGGCCAUCGGUUCCAUCAGCGGGGCCAUGCAUGAGGAGGAUGAGAAGAGGUUCCUGGUUACUGUAAUCAAGGACCUGCUGGGCUUAUGUGAGCAGAAGAGAGGCAAGGACAACAAGGCCAUCAUAGCCUCCAAUAUCAUGUACAUCGUAGGCCAGUACCCCCGCUUCCUCCGGGCCCACUGGAAGUUCCUCAAGACUGUUGUCAACAAACUCUUUGAGUUUAUGCAUGAGACGCAUGAUGGCGUGCAGGACAUGGCAUGUGACACCUUUAUUAAGAUUGCCCAGAAAUGCCGCCGCCAUUUUGUCCAGGUGCAGGUGGGUGAGGUCAUGCCUUUCAUCGACGAGAUCCUCAACAACAUCAACACAAUCAUCUGUGACCUCCAGCCACAGCAGGUCCAUACGUUUUAUGAGGCAGUGGGCUACAUGAUUGGGGCUCAGACUGACCAGGCUGUCCAGGAGCACCUGAUAGAGAAGUACAUGCUCCUGCCCAACCAAGUGUGGGACAGCAUUAUCCAACAGGCCACCAAGAACGUGGACAUCCUGAAAGAUGCCGAGACAGUGCGGCAGCUCGGCAGCAUCCUGAAGACCAACGUCAGAGCCUGCAAGGCUGUGGGCCAUCCCUUCGUAGUGCAGUUGGGACGCAUCUACCUGGAUAUGCUCAACGUCUACAAGUGUCUGAGUGAAAACAUCUCUUCUGCUGUCCAAACAAACGGAGAGAUGGUGACUAAACAGCCCCUGAUAAGAAGCAUGAGGACGGUGAAAAGAGAGACCCUGAAGUUGAUCUCAGGAUGGGUUAGCCGCUCCAACGACCCCCAGAUGGUUGGAGAGAACUUUGUACCCCCUUUGCUGGAGGCUGUGCUCAUUGACUACCAAAGGAACGUGCCCGCCGCCAGGGAGCCCGAGGUCCUCAGCACUAUGGCUACCAUCGUCAAUAAACUGGGGUCUCACAUCACUGCUGAAAUACCCAAGAUCUUUGACGCCGUGUUUGAGUGCACUUUGAACAUGAUCAACAAGGACUUUGAGGAGUUCCCUGAACACAGGACCCACUUCUUCUACCUCCUCCAGGCCGUAAACUCCCAGUGCUUCCCAGCCUUCCUUUCCAUCAGCCCUUCCCAGUUCAAGCUGGUCCUCGACUCCAUCAUCUGGGCCUUCAAACACACCAUGAGGAACGUGGCCGACACAGGCCUGCAGAUCCUGUACACCCUCUUGCAGAACGUUGCUCAAGAGGAGGCAGCAGCACAGAGUUUCUACCAGACCUUCUUCUGUGACAUCCUGCAGCACAUCUUCUCUGUGGUCACUGACACCUCACACACUGCAGGUUUGACCAUGCACGCCUCUAUCCUGGCCUACAUGUUCAGCCUGGUGGAGGAGGGGAAGAUAAACUCCAACCUCAGCCCUGCCAACCCCACCACCAACCAGGUCUAUGUCCAGGAGUACGUGGCCAACCUGCUGAAAACGGCCUUCCCACAUCUACAAGAUGCCCAGGUAAAAGUGUUUGUUACGGGCCUGUUCAGUUUAAAUCAGGAUAUUCCUGCCUUCAAGGAGCACCUGAGAGACUUCCUGGUUCAGAUCAAGGAGUUUGCUGGCGAAGACACCUCCGACCUUUUCCUGGAGGAGAGGGAGGCGUCUCUCCGCCAAGCCCAGGAGGAGAAACACAAGAUCCAGAUGUCUGUGCCUGGCAUCCUGAACCCCCAUGAGCUGCCCGAGGAAAUGUGUGACUAAAUUAACGGUUCGGACCAAUAUGUACAGUGGUGGAGGAGGGACAUGUUCACAGAAAGCUUGGAAUCUGGCU